AUGACGGGCCCGAAGCGCAAAGCAGAUGUAGCCUUUCCGGUAUUCGACUUCAAAAAGCCACUUGCUGUGCCCACCUACUGCACGAAGGAAAUCAAAUAUGGCAUCGUCCUCCGCAAAUACUACCCGCCUGAGAUAACCAAUGCUCGGGCCGACGAGUAUAGAUUGGGCCAGCUCGAACGUCCUGUGGAGACUUUAGAAAACGCCCUUCAAGAGACUCGGGCGGAGCGGAAUGCGGUGCAUGAUGGCAAAUCUGUGGUCCAUUGGUUCAAGAGCGACUUGCGAGUCACAGAUAACAAGGGGCUUUAUGCUGCAAGCGUGUGGUCGAGAGAACAUGCGGUGCCAUUGAUCUGCGUCUACCUGGUCUCCCCCCAGGACUUCGAAGCUCACCUGACGGCGCCCGUCCGCGUUGACUUUAUCCUGCGUAACCUCCAAGUGUUAAAGCACGACUUGGCCAAGUUGAACAUUCCUUUGUACGUGGAAACGAUCGAGAAGAGGAGGAAUGUGCCCUCCAGGCUGAUGGAGCUUUGCAAUGAUUGGAGCGCGAAACAUGUGUUCUGCAACAUCGAAUAUGAGAUCGAUGAAGUCAGAAGGGAGGCAGCCUUGGUCAGGGCAUGUCUUAGUCGAGGAAUAUCCUUUAAUCCUGUGGAAGAUAGAUGUGUGGUCGCACCUGGCAAAUUGAUAAGCAGCUCUGGCGGUCCAAUGUCUGUCUAUAGCCCGUGGCAUAGGAAAUGGUGCGAUUAUCUCAAUCGGCAUUUCAAGGAGUUGGAUCCUUUCCCAGCUCCCGACAUGAAUGCUGCGGAUGUUUGGGACAGAUUUGAGGCCUUGUUUCGGUGCGAGAUCCCCCCAGCGCCCGCUUCGAAGAGCCUGUCUGAAAACGAGAGAGCGAAAUUCCGUGUCAUGUGGCCGGCUGGCGAGCAUGAGGCCAGGGAGAGACUGGACAAGUUUAUACAGGAAAGGGCUCGUGAAUACCACAGUGCGAGAAACAUCCCUUCCGCCAACGCGACGUCCAUCCUGAGCCCUCAUCUCGCGGCCGGAACCUUGGCAGCACGUACUGUGGUUCGCGAGGCGCGGGACGCCGCUCCAAACAAGAAGCUGAUGGAUGAUCGCAAACAAGGGCACUCGAUGUGGAUUGGAGAGCUGGCAUUUAGAGACUUUUACACGUCCAUCCUUUGCUACUGGCCCUACAUCUGCAUGAACAAACCGUUCAAGCCAGAGUACAGCAAUAUCGAAUGGGAGUACGACCUGAGUCAGUUCGAGAAAUGGACGGACGGGAGGACCGGACUCCCCAUUGUCGACGCGGCGAUGCGUCAACUGACGUACACGGGAUACAUGCACAACAGGUGUCGCAUGCUUGCGGCAUCGUUCCUCGCGAAAGACCUCCUGAUAGAUUGGCGCAUGGGGGAAAGGUGGUUUAUGGAGCACCUCGUCGAUGGUGACUUUGCAUCGAACAACGGAGGAUGGGGAUUUGCAGCCAGCUGCGGCGCUGACCCACAACCAUAUUUUCGAAUCUUUAACCCCUUGCUCCAAAGUGAGAAGUUCGAUCCACAGGGUGACUACAUCCGCAAGUGGGUGCCGGAGCUGGCAGAUAUCAGAGAUGAAAAGGGGAUCCAUGAUCCAUAUGGCCGAGGAUAUGGGAAAGUGGCGGAGGCAAACGGCUAUCCGAAGCCCAUGGUCAAUCACCAUCAGUGCCGAGAGCGAGCUUUGCAACGGUACAAAGCAGGACUAGGGAGGAGCACGGCGUGA